GUGGAGCAGGCACAGAGUGAAUUGGGGCAGACAAAGAAACAGGUUGCUGAUCCCCGGAGAAGUGACGAUGUCGCACAUGUCGUCGACGAUACACAACAAGAGUAGUGGUGUUGCAAACAGAAGAUGAACAUGUUCCUGGCAACAAAGGUGGAACAAUGGGAACAAUGGAAACCAGAGAGUCUGUUAGCACGCGAGACCGUGGAGGAGAUGGGGGUGGCGAGAAGGAAGGCAGCCAUCUGCGGCCAAGCACGGAAAGUGACGAAAGGGGGGUGGAUAGGGCAAGAUUUCGAAACGGAUGUGUGUCGGAGAAUCUCUGAUGUUCUUUGUGCUGGAGAUGCAGCAGAGGAAGCUGUAGCAGCAAAACGUAGAGUACUAGGAAUUCCAGCAGUAGAAACUGCAGUAGUGGAAGCCGCAGCAGUGGAAACCGCAGCACUGGAAACUGCAGCAGCAGAAACUAAUGCAGCAGUGGAAACGCCAGUAGCAGAAACUGCCGGAGUGAAAACCGGAGCUGUAGAAACUGCAGUGGUGGAAACUGCAGCAGUGGAAACCGCAGCAGAGGAAACCGCAGCAGAGGAAACUGCAGCAGUGGAAACAGCAGCAGAGGAAACCCCAGCAGUGAAAACCGCAGCAGUGGAAACUGCUGCACUGGAAAUCGCAGCAGUGGAAACUGCAGUCGCAGUUUUUGACCAAGGAGGAGCGAUGGGAAACUAUCAUGUGCGGUUCGGAGGGAGUGAAAACACAACUCCCGACCCCUGAGUACCUUCUCAGGCAAUCUAGUGCAGCGUGGAUUCUCAAGUCUCGGGCUUGCUAUUGACAUCAAGCACGAAUUCAGCCGUGGCUUACUGACCACGUAUACGCCCGCCACUAGAAAAAAACAUUCAAUAUGUUCUACAAACUAGAAUGAAGAAAAACAAUCAAACAAAGUUGCUUCGCCUAA